CACACGCGCACACACCGGGGUGGCUCCAUUCGGCCGCGCCCCCGCCCCGCAGCGCUCUGCGAUCAGCACUGGGGACAGCGCCAGUCACCCGCGUUCGGGGGCGGGGUGCGGGCGGGGCCUGCGCCUCUGUGUCUCUCCAGAGGGUCCUGUCUAGCCGCCGAACAGGGCGUUUGGGUGCCUCCGCAGGAAAAACCAUAAGACCCCGCCGUCAUGUUCCCGGAGCCCCCAACACCCAGGCCUCCAGCGCCCGACACGCCUCCUGACUCGAGUCGCAUCAGCCAUGGCCCUGUGCCCCCCUGGGCUCUGGCCACCAUCGUGCUGGUCUCAGCCCUCCUCGUCUUGAGCUGCUGUUUCUGUCUCUACCGGAAGCGUUGUCGGAGGCGAAUGGGCAAGAAGAGCCAGGCCCAAGCCCAGGUUCACCUUCAGGAAGUGAAGGAGCUGGGCCGGAGCUACAUAGACAAGGUGCAGCCAGAAGUGGAGGAGCUGGAGCCGACGCCCUCGGGGCCAGGGCAGCAGGUGGCCGAGAAGAAUGAACUAGGACGACUGCAGUACUCACUGGACUAUGAUUUCCAGAGUGGCCAGUUGCUGGUGGGCAUCGUGCAAGCUGAGGGGCUGGCAGCCUUGGACAUAGGUGGCUCCUCUGACCCCUACGUGCGGGUCUACCUGCUGCCAGACAAACGGAGGCGGCACGAGACCAGGGUGCAUCGGCAGACGCUGAACCCUCACUUUGGGGAGACUUUUGCCUUCAAGGUCCCCUACGUGGAGCUGGGGGGCCGGGUCCUGGUCAUGGCGGUGUACGACUUCGACCGCUUCUCCCGCAACGACGCCAUCGGGGAGGUGCGGGUCCCCAUGAGCUCCGUGGACUUGGGGCGGCCAGUGCUGGCCUGGCGCGAGCUGCAGGCGGCGCCUCGCGAGGAGCAGGAGAAACUAGGAGACAUCUGCUUCUCCCUCCGCUAUGUCCCCACUGCCGGGAAGCUCACCGUCAUCGUUCUGGAGGCCAAAAACCUGAAGAAGAUGGACGUGGGAGGGCUCUCAGAUCCGUAUGUCAAGGUCCACCUGCUGCAGGGCGGCAAAAAGGUGCGGAAGAAGAAAACCACCAUCAAGAAGAACACUCUGAACCCCUAUUACAACGAGGCCUUCAGCUUCGAGGUGCCCUGCGACCAGGUCCAGAAGGUGCAGGUGGAGCUGACUGUUCUGGACUACGACAAGCUGGGCAAGAACGAGGCCAUCGGGAGGGUGGCCGUAGGGGCAGCGGCCGGGGGGGCUGGCCUGCGGCACUGGGCAGACAUGCUGGCCAACCCCAGGCGGCCCAUCGCCCAGUGGCACUCGCUGCGGCCACCUGACCGAGUGAGGCCACCGCCAGCACCAUGAUGCCCACCCUCAAGCCCCUGACCCCAGGCCCCUGCCCAAAGCCACGCCCAUGCCCACCUUUAAGGCCAACACUCCCCCACUCUACCCACUCCUGCCUUCUCCCCCACCAUUAUGCCAAUCAUGAUAACUUGCCAACUCCCCCGAUACAGCACAUACCCAGAAGCCCCAGGGGCCCCUGGGGAAAGGGAGGCAGUCCGGCCUGCCCCCACCCCAGGGUCCCGCCCUCUGCUUUGACAAUCAGUGAUCCCAGCCUACUAUUCCCUUGGCUCCCAAUGCCCCUUUCCUGUGCAGGAUCACCCACUCCUGUCCCCAGUCUGAUUCCUACACCACUCCUGGGACCAAAUAAAUAUUCAGCAACUUUG